AUGAAACGUUCCUGGAGCACGGACAACGAGGCAGAGGAGCUUGCCUUCAACGCACACCCAGCAAGACGACUAACACCACCGCUUGUCUCGAGCUUAAAGACAUCAGUCUCCCCACCACCAACGAGGAAAACUAUCUCCAAAAAACACUCUCAUGAGCUGGCCUCUAUUGAAGCAGGAGAAGUCGAAGUCACAGAUCACCUUGAGGUCAUUUCAACCAAACUCAGCCAACACAUUCGACCUCGGGAUAUCUCGCAACCAACACCACGCUUGACGAUCCCUGAAUACGUUGAUUUGUAUCGGCAUAAUAGCCAUCCCACGGGUCGCCACUUUGUCAUCCAUCAGCAUGACCAUCCCAUCGCCGGACCGCACUAUGAUCUUCGACUUCAAUUCUCCGAAACGAGUUCUGUGUCGUGGUCUAUUAUGUAUGGCCUGCCUGGGGAUCCGAAUAGUGAGAAGUUGAACAGGAAUGCAACCGAGACUCGGGUUCAUUGUCUUUGGAAUCAUCUUAUGGAGACUGCGUCAUCCAGGACCGGGAGCUUGAUUAUUUGGGAUACUGGAGAGUAUGAAGUUUUGCCUUAUAUGAAAGAUGUUUCGUGCCCACAGACCGAUGAGUCGAGAUCGGAUUCUUCUGAUGCGGAAGAUUCACAUCGAGAAUCGAUCUCAGAUAGUGCGAAACUACAAGAGGCUUUUAAAAAUCGCAAAAUCCGACUUCGCCUUCAUGGUACCCGUCUACCGACGGGGUAUACCCUACUCUUGCGCAUGGACAAGACAACAGACUAUGCGCGUCCAGCACAAAAAGGCCCAAAACGCAGGAGGCGUGCUUUACAAUCAACUACAAAACCACCCCCGCCACCACCGUCUACCUCCAGUUCAGGCUCCCCAUCACCCCCGCCACCAGACAAAUUACAAAACCAAGAAAUUACCGAUGACCAGCAACUACCAGCGCAAGAGUCCAAAUCCGAAUCCGAUCAUGCAAAUCAUUCCGACAAUGAUACCGAUUAUCAGAUCCGGAAAAAUAAUGCAUACCCCGGAUCUACGAACACGAUCGGCUCCAUUCACCAACGGAGAUGGUAUCUCAGCCUGGAUCGCGAGAGUUCUGGAUUUGAACCUAGAAGAGUGUCUACUGGAGAUGGGGGGUUGAAAAGAAUCUGGGUUCGAUGCAGUGAUGGCUCGGCUGGAGGGGUGAGGGGAUUCGAACCGUUUUAUGUGCGUGGACCUGGUGUUGAGCGGAGUGUUGUUACUGGUCGUUUGGGGGAGGAGGUUCUUGCGGAUGAAGGGGUGCAAGGGUUUGUGGCGAGGAAAGGGUGGAGGGCUGUUUUGCGGUAG